AGGGGUAGUCUAAUCUGAACUGGAAGAAAGUGAGGAGAGAGAGAGAGAGAGAGACGCAAAGCCUUACGACAGAGGACUUUGCCAUCAAAACGUUUAAGCACGUUAGAGCGCGCGAGGAGUUCGCGUACAUGAACUUUGAUAGAGCUUUGCUGUGAUUGUCCAUUGAAGCUCUCGUGAGUUGAAGAAGUACGGUGGAUGUGAAGAUCCGAAAAGUUGUCUGAAGAAAACACAGAGGAAUGUAUGAAAUGUGGACAACGGCGAAACCGCAUUCGAGGAGAUGUCAUCUCAACUUUUUAUGGGCCAUUGCCUUCCUGCAAGUCGUCUUGAGGAUGCCUUCCACAACGGGAUCUGAUGUUGUGUCUGACGUGAACAUGAUGGCAGCCCCUGCUACGUGGAACGCGUCCAGUGGAAGUGACAAAGAGGGUUUCUUCAUCCAGGUAGACUCCCCGAUGAACAACAUCACCACGUCUCUGGGCCACACGGCCGACUUGCACUGCCGCGUGUCGGGCAACCCUCCGCCCUCGGUGCGCUGGUACAAGAACGACGCGCCGGUGGUGCAAGAGCCGCGUCGCAUCUCCAUCAAGACCGCCACCUUCGGCUCCCGUCUGCGGAUACGCAACCUGGACACCACAGACACCGGAUACUUCCAGUGCGUCGCCCAGAACCCAUCGGGCACUGUGUCCACCACCGGCAUCCUCUUUGUCAAGUUCGAUCCGCUUCCCACACCCCUGCCUGGACGACCCUCGCCGACGGAUUUUGACGAGGAGGGCUUCUGCCAGCCCUACAGAGGCAUCGCGUGUGCCCGCUUCAUCGGGAACCGCAGCAUCUUCGUGGACUCGCUCCAGAUGCAGGGAGAGAUCGAGACUCAGAUCACAGCGGCCUUCACCAUGAUCGGCACGUCCAACCACCUGUCGGACCGCUGCUCGGAGUUCGCCAUCCCCUCGCUGUGCCACUUCGCCUUCCCCACCUGCGACCGCAGCAGCGGCGUGGACAAGCCGCGUGACCUCUGCAAGGACGAGUGCGAGAUCCUGGAGAACGACCUGUGCCGGACGGAGUACAUCAUGGCGCGCUCCAACCCCAUCAUCCUCAAGCGCCUCAAGCUGCCCAACUGCGAAGACCUGGCUCCAUCCGACAGCCUGGAGGCGGCCAACUGCAUGAGGAUAGGCAUCCCUAUGGCAGAAGCCAUUAAUAAGAACCACAAGUGCUACAACAGCACUGGCGCCGACUACCGGGGCACGGUGAGCGUGACCAAGUCGGGCCGGCAGUGCCAGCCCUGGAACUCGCAGUACCCGCACAGCCACACCUACCUGGCAGUGCGUUACCCGGAGCUCAACGGCGGACACUCCUACUGCCGCAACCCGGGCAACAAGCACGAGGCGCCCUGGUGCUUCACCCUGGACGAGGGCGUCAAGACGGAGCUCUGUGACAUCCCCAUGUGUGACCCAAAGCAGAAGCGCAGCGGCAGCAGUGUGGAGAUCCUUUACAUCCUGGUCCCGAGUGUGGCCAUCCCAUUGGCCAUCGCACUGCUCUUCCUCUUCAUCUGUGUGUGCCGCAACAACCAGAAGGCCUCUCGGCCGCCCGCCCCGCGCCAACCCAAGCCUGUACGAGGCCAGAACGUGGAGAUGUCCAUGCUAACAGCUUACAAAACUAAGAGCACGGCGAAGGAGCUUCCCCUGUCGGCGGUGCGCUUCAUGGAGGAGUUAGGGGAGUGCGGCCUGGGCAAGAUCUACAAGGGCCACCUCUACCUGCCUGGCAUGGAGCACGCCCAGCUGGUGGCCAUCAAGACCCUCAAGGACUUCUCCUCGGCCCAGCAGUGGGGCGACUUCCAGGCGGAGGCGGCCCGCACCGCCGAGCUGCAGCACCCCAACGUGGUGUGCCUGCUGGGCAUGGUGACCCAGGAGCAGCCCGUCUGCAUGCUCUUCGAGUUCCUGCCCCAGGGCGACCUGCACGAGUUCCUGGUCAUGCGCUCGCCUCACUCGGACGUGGGCUGCAGUAGCGACGAGGACGGGGGCGGGACGGUGCGCUCCAGCCUGGACCACGGAGACUUCCUGCACCUGGCCACGCAGGUGGCGGCCGGCAUGGAGUACCUGGCGGCCCACUUCUACGUGCACAAGGACCUGGCGGCGCGCAACGUGCUGGUAGGCGAGCAGCUCCACGUCAAGGUGUCAGACCUGGGCCUGUCGCGGGAGAUCUACGCCUCCGACUACUACCGCACGCAGUCCAAGGCCCUGCUGCCCAUCCGCUGGAUGCCUCCGGAGGCCAUCGCCUACGGCAAGUUCAGCAGCGACUCGGACGUCUGGUCGUUCGGCGUGCUGCUGUGGGAGAUCUUCAGCUUCGGCCUGCAGCCCUACUACGGCUGCAGCAACCAGGAGGUGAUGGACAUGGUGCGCAAGCGGCAGGUGCUGCCGUGCCCCGAGGACUGCCCGCCGCGCGUCUACUCGCUCAUGGCCGAGUGCUGGCACGAGGGCCCGGCGCAGCGCCCGCGCUUCAAGGACCUGCACGCCCGCCUGCGCGCCUGGGAGGGCCUGUCGUCGCACGCCAGCUCUAGCACGCCCUCCGGCGGGGGCAACGCCACCACCCAGACCACCUCGCUCAGCGCCAGCCCCAUCAGCAACCUGUCCAGCCCGCGCUACGCCGGCUACAUCUACCCGGCGGCACCGCAAGGCUUAGCCCCGGGCCAGAUCGCCGGAUACAUGACGGCUCCGUUAGCCCCAACCCAGCGCUUCAUCCCUGUGAACGGCUACCCCAUUCCUCCAGGGUACGCGGCCUUCCCGGCGGCGCACUUCGCAGCAGCCGCCCCUGCCCAGGCUAUGGGGGUGCAGCGGGUGGUGCAGCACUGCCCCCCGCCCAAGAGCCGCUCCCCCAGCAGUGCCAGUGGCUCCACCAGCACGGGUCACGUGACCAGCGUGCCCUCCACGGGCUCCAACCACGACGCCAGCACGCCGCUGCUGUCCCACUGCGUCACGCUGGCGCCCAUGUCCUCCCUGCCACCAGGGGGCAGUCAUGUAACCAUGUACGGACACAUGGCGGGGCAGAAGCAGGUGCCCAUGGACCCCUCGCAGGCCGCGCUGCUGGCCGAAUCGAACAGACUCAUGUACAGCGAGUCCCUCAUCACCGCAGACCUCAUGCCACAGGAGGUACGGCGUGCAUACAGCGGGAGCUUGAAUCCUUCUUGGAUCUGACUGAUGGGACUGCAAAUCAGUGGAAAUUGGGGUCUCUGCACCACACCAGCCUUACAGAGCCAGGUCCCAAUGCAGAGAGAGCAAAAUAAGAAGUGGAAGGGCUGUAUGAAUGAUUAUGGACACGAAUUGUUCAAUAUUACCGCUGUGCCUUCUGCCUUGUAUGUCUUUCUCUCUUUCUCCCUCACACACACGCACACGCACACGCACGCAUGCACGUGUGCGUACACACACACACACACACACACAGACACACACACACACACGUGGUGGUAUCUGUGUUGAUAGACAGUACGUAUGUGAGAGCUAAAAGUACGCAAACUGAUCAGAAACACACCUGCAUACGCUCAUGCACCCCAGCAGGUGUACUCAUUCAGUUAACGGUCCACGGUCAUUCAGCAUACUAAAGCAUCACCCAAACUCCCCAGUCAUUCAGCACACUAAAGCAUCACCCAAACUCACCAGUCAUUCAGCACACUAAAGCAUCACCCAAACUCCCCAGUCAUUCAGCACACUAAAGCAACACUUAAUAGUUUCUCUUAAAUAUAAACAUUUUUCCAUAUUAAUUUCAGCGGCACAUCAACUUGGAACGUGAGGCAACUUCUGAAUAGUAUUUGUGGCCUUCCAUGGGCUACCAAGAAGUGUUUCUUCAGCAUCUUCAUAGGUCUCCAAUGCUGCUUCCAGUCUGUAGGUCGGCCGAAGAUGAAAACUAUGUAUUAUUGUGUUAAGCGCCUUCAUAUUUUCAAAGAAGUUUGAAAAGAAAAAGAUGAAUUCUACAUCUUCCCACAUAUCCUCCAGAUGGAUCCAUUGUACAUUGCAGUUUGUUUUGUUUGUUUGUUUGUUUGUUUCAUCAAUACAUAUCUGGAUUCACAUGAGAAUCAAAUGCAGCCAAGCAUUCACUUUGACCAGGAACUCUUACAAAACAGGAAUAAAAAGUCACUAUUUUGAAUGUGUUUGUUGCUAUGCAACUGUUAAGUGCAAACUAAGGCACCGCUUGGCAUGAGGUACAGACAAUCCCGCGGCCCUUCAGGGCACGGCAUGCUUUCAACAAUAUGAAAAUGUUGUUUCUGUUUAUUGUACUUCUUCUCCAGGAAGUCACAUCAUAGUUCACGGUUGUUUUCUGCUACACUCAGUCCCGUAAGCUCUUCUGUUACAUAACACACAUUGCCUUCAACCUUUUUUUAUUUUGUUUUUUAUAAAUACAAUUGUACCUACCAAGGUAUCUGAAGUUUUGUACAGAUAUCAUCUGUUAUAUACUUGUAAUUGAUGUAUAUCCCAGUUCAGAAAACCACUUUAAAUACACAGAGACUGUGAAUCCUGGUACUGGAGGGUUUUUUUCUUUGUUCUUUGUGCCUGAGGUGCCUUUUCUGUGUAAAAGGAACGGACCUUUGAAGAACUAGGUGUUUUUGUCUGCCAGUUCUACAUGAAAAGGUUUACAACACCUUCUUUUGUGUAUUGACCAAGAGGCCUUGUUUGUGUUUUUUUUUCCUUUGGUACUUGUGAGAAGAUAUUUGCACAAAUGUUUUGUAUUGCAAAAAUCAUAAUUAAAUUUCAGUGUUUGUCAUA